AUGGGGAAGCCGCCACUCCGUCGCUGGCCAACGGCAGUGUUCUUCUUCAUGCUGAGCGUGGCCCAGGUCAACAGCACCACCAUCCUGCUGAUGAACCGAGGCCAGGGUGCGGCGGAGGGUCGUUUUGUCACCAUCAACGCCGGUGGUCGGCUGGGAAACAAACUGUGCCAGUACUGCUCGCUGUGGGCGCUACAGCGUGACUCGGCAGCUGCCCGACCCGCCUGGAUCCUCCCCGAGAUGGAGCGUUCGCUCGGGUCGCUAUUCGCCGGCCUGCAGCUGCCCACGCUGCCCGCACGCUGCCUGGAACGGCAUCAGGUGCCGUGGUACGACCCGAUCCUGCACCCCUGGAGCAGCGCGGCAUUCUGGCAGGUGUCCUACUUCCAGUACGUGAAGACCGGUGGCGGACCACCGCAUCGCCCCCUGCUGCUGCUCAACAGCCCGUGCGACAUGAUGCACUUUGAUCAGCACCGUACGGAGCUGCUGGAGCAGCUGCGUCUCCGUCCGGAGGUCCGGGACGAGGCGCAGCGCCGGCUCCGGCUGCACACGGACUUCCAGUGUCGCCGCCCGCCCGGCUGCACGUUCAUCGGUGUCCACGUGCGGCGCACCGACUACGCCAAACAGGUGCAGCUCAUGUACGACGGCACGCUGGUGGGUGAGGCUUACCUGAUGCGGGCACUGCAGCUCUGCCGCAGACGCUACCGACGGCCCGUCUUCGUCGUCUGCAGCGACAACCUGUCCUGGGUGCGGCAGCGGCUGCGAGGGCCCGACAUUGUGAUCGCCGGCUCCAGCGGUGACGGCUCGGCCGGCCGCGACAUGGCGCUGCUGGCCCAGUGUAACCACACUGUGGUAACGCACGGCACCUACGGCUACAUGUCGGCCUACCUGGCGCAGGGCGACGUGCUGGCACCCACCGGCUUCGGGCGGCGAGACGCCUUCCUCGCCGAGGCUAUGACGAAGAGGGGCCUCAACAUAACGGCUGUGCAGGCGUUUUAA